UUGUAGCAGUGCCUCCACUCUGAACAGCACAGCAACGUGCAGUGAAACUCCUCCUCCAGCAUCUGAACCUGCUCAACUCGCUGAUCUCCUCCCCAGACCAGCUGGACAACACCUAGAAACAAAACUGAGAUUGCAUUUUUCCUCUGAAGGGUGACCAGCCAGCUCGGUUACAGGGUUGUCAAGCUUCUGAGGCAGGAGUCCCCAAGGACACCUUUUUCUGCCACACCUGUUUGCUCAGCCUUUAUUUUUCACCUGCUGUUGUCAUUUUCUCACAGAACCCACCCAACAUGUCAAGUGGAGCUUUAGGCCGUCUGAGCACUCUCACCCUCAGCAUAAAGCAGCUGGCUGGCCUUCCCCGCCUGUCAUACUCUCUCUCCUCCCUGCCAUCACCUCAAGACACAGUGGCUGCCUCAGAUGUGCCUGUCCUGUUCCGCGAGCCCUACAUCUUGUCAGGUUAUCGUCCAGCAGGUCAGCCAUGGUGCUGCUAUAUACUGAGCCUCUUCCAGCGCCACAAUGAGUCACUAAAUGUGUGGACACAUUUGCUGGCAGUGCCAGUUGUGCUGCUGCGCUUCUGGUUCUUCGCUGCCUCUAAUGACCUGGGUCAAGACGCCUCUUCACUGCCUCUGUGUCUCUAUGCCUUGUCAGCCCUCACCUACCUCAGCUUCAGUGCUGCUGCCCACUUGCUGCAGUCACGAUCAGUGUUAGCACAUUACUCCCUCUUCUUUCUGGACUAUGUGGGUGUGGCUGUAUACCAGUAUGGCUGUGCACUGGCCCACUACUUCUUCUGCUCUAAGGCAGCAUGGAGGCAGAGCUUUGUGGGGGAGCUGUUCCUACCUGGAGCAGCCCUUCUAGGCUGGUUAUCAUGUGCCAGCUGCUGUUUCGCUAAACUACGCUACCAGCGGCCCUACCCACCCCACAGGAAGCUCUUCCAAAUUGUGCCCACCAGCCUGGCCUACCUCCUGGAUAUCAGCCCCGUGGCCCACCGGCUGGCCACUGAGCCCUGGAAUGAACCAGGGCUGGUGCUGCACGCGCUGCAGGUGCUCUUCUUCAUGCAGGCCGCCUUCUUCUUCUCCUGUCCUGUGCCUGAACGAUUUUUCCCAGGGAGGUGUGAUAUUGUGGGUCACGGCCACCAGAUCUUUCACCUGUUCCUGGUCAUGUGCACCAUGUGCCAGAUGGAGGCGGUGUGUAAAGACUUCUUAAUGCAGCGACACUCUGUGUUGGAGGUGCAUGGGGAGUGGGCCAUUUUGUUAGCUGGAGGUUCUUUCUUUGCUCUGGUACUAUGCAGUAUUCUGACCGCAGCUCUUAUGAGGAGGAGUGUUCAAAGGCAGCUACAAAAGAGGGAAUGAAGGAUGAAUUAGACUGAAAAACAUACAAUGAAUAACUCAGAUCCCCAGUCAGUUCACAGGUUUGCUACAUUCCAGCAUAAAAUACACCUCUACUGUAGUCUCAGCCUCAGGUUUUCAACUUGUAUACAUGUAAAUGCUGCAUCUUACACAGGUUAUACUGUGCACAAGGGUGUUUUGUCAGUUGCAUUCUGAUUGGUUAUCUACAUUAGAGAAUCAUGAGAAAACUGUUGAUUACAGUUAUGUGCAAAAGUCUGAAAAUAGGCACAACAUUUAUCCUGGUAAUAAGUGUAUGUAUACGUACAGAAAAAAAAACACCAUUUAUUAUUAGAAUAAAUACAGAUAUAAUAAAAUUAGUACUAGUAAGAAAUGCACUGAUUUGAUUCCAGGGAUGGAGUACUGACCAGGCCAGUGGGAGCCAAUGUUCAGAGCAUAAACAGUUCAACAUUGUUCAAACACUUUUAUUUUUAUACAAUUAUAAAAUAUACACAGAAGAUUCAACAGUGAUCAUUUAACGUUUUUCAGACAACAGGAGCACACUUGAUUUUAACCAGGUGUUGCAUUAAAACUAAUAAAACUGGACUUAAUUUGCAUUUGUCUGAGCAAAUAAACACUCACUGACUAGACAAUUAACAUUUUAAGUUUUAAAUGUGUAAUGGUUGUAUGUGUCAUUAUAUAUUAACUUCUAAUUUCCUUAGGUGUCUAAGAUUUCUGUAUUGUUUAUCUGUGGGAUUGUUCACAGUUGUGUUUUCCUACAUGCCAUGCUGACACUGCUGUUACUGUUAAUUAGGCAGCUUUUAGAGUGAGGCCGCAUUAAGAGGUAAAAAGCAGCAGGCUAUCUGAAUAUAGGCACAGG